AUGGAGAACUUCAUCCUGUAUGAGGAGCUGGGGGCAGGCCAUAACUCCACUGUUUAUAAAGGAAGAAGGAAGGGCAAUCUCAGCUAUGUACGACUCAGCCAAGAUCUGGAUCAUCUAAAUAUAGUACGCUUCCACGAAUGGUACGAGACAGGUAAACACCUGUGGCUGGUAGUGGAGCUCUGCACAGGUGGCUCUCUGGAGUCUGUAAUUGCUCAUGAUGGGUGCUUGCCAGAAGAUGUGGUGAGAAGGUUUGGAUGGGACUUGGUCAAAGGACUGAAACACAUCCAUGAAUCAGGAAUCAUUGUGUCUGACCUAACCCCUGCUAAGAUCCUCCUUGACGGUAGUGGCAUUCUGAAGUUUGGUAAUUUCAGUUUGUCCAAGACUGUGGGAGAGACCCUGGACGAUAUCAUUGUCCUGAUUUCUACAUCCAAAGAGUCAGGGGAAGGAGACAAUGUUGACAACAUUAGGAAAAGAUUCCAAGGUUGUCCGACUUACAGAGCUCCGGAGGUCUUGCAAGGUUCAGAAACCAGUGUGAGCUCUGAUCUGUGGGCUCUUGGCUGUAUACUCUACUACAUGUACACUGGUAUACCUCCUUCCUACUUGGAUAAACAAGCUGAACUGACCGAGAUGAUUUUGCACCAGGACUCACCACCUCUCAGUCAUACCAGUCCUCUUAGUCCGGACUUCCAGAGUCUUCUGAAAGGAUUACUCAACAAAAACGUGGAUAAGAGGAUUGACUGGCCAGAACUGUUGGAUCACCCUUUCUGGAAACAACUUAUAAAGAAAGAAGACAAUGCCGAAGAUGAUGAUGAAAAGAGUAAAACGACAGAAAAAUAUGGCUGUGAGGGAGCUGGCAUGGUUAACUUGGGACCCACAAGAAUGCAUGGUGUUUUCCCUCCCGGACACACAGUCAACUUAUCCCGUAGUUACUCAGCCAUCACGCAGCCGGGCUAUAGUAUGUCAAAGAAACUUAUCUCUUCAUAUGCAACAAGUGCAUUACCUGGCAGACCUUCCAACAACGACACUGUAAGGCAACAAUCAGUCAAAGACAUAAUCUAUGAAACCAUGAAGAACAGCCAUGGCUCAGAUACGGAGAUCAGAAAAGAAAGAAGAGGAGAGGAUGCAAAGACUGUACAUGACCCAGAGCAUGCUGGGGUAGAGCAAAUGUGCUGCACAGUGCAGCCAAAUAAAUCACUUUUGACAGAUAAUCUCAUGGAACUGAAGCCAAAGAACGGUGUGGAUGAGGACAAUACUGAAGCCAUCUUCUUGCUCAGCCCCUGUACCAGCUCAAGAAGGAGUUCCAAUACCGCAGUCUCUCCAAACCAGCACAAUGCACUUGAGGCUGGCACUGACAUUGACAUUAAAAACUGUGUAAAGCGUCUGCUCCACACUGAUGCUGAUCUGACUGUCACUCCCAUCAUUGACAACCCCAAGAUUUUGAAGAGUACCCCAGUGCGAUUUGAUCCCAAAACCCUUUGUGUGCCAGCAUAUUCAGUUGAGAAGUUGCAGUCUCUGAGUGAUGAGGAAUGGGCUGUUUUCCUGUUACAAGUCUGUUCACCCCUUGAAGAACAGACCUCGUCCACUUCGGUCCCUAGAUCCAAUUUUGUUCCUCCAUCCACAACCAUCCGAUCUAAACUCAAUCUCUUGUGCUAUCUGUGCUGUGUAGUUGGACAUACCAUCAUUGCUGACAAGAUGAUUAACUCAACGCUGCUUCUAGUAUUGACCAAACAGUUGCGACAAGCUCCAAAUUGGGAUGUGCGGAGCAAGGUUCUCAGAGUGAUGGGUCUCCUGGCUCUGCACUGCAGUCAUCUUGAAGAGGACUCUUCUGUUUCUGAGGCUGUGUCCACUCUAGCAGACCUGCUGAGAGAAAAUCUCAGGAAUAACAAACUGAAGCAGCUCCUGAUUCCACCACUUGGGGAAUUCCUCUACCUCAUCUGUUCUCAGGAGGAGAAGAGAGGAUCCCCAGAGGGACUAUGGUUUGUUCCCGCUGCCGCCUACACUGGCUUAAUGAGGAGCCUGCGGGAAGGGGAUGAUGCUGUAGUUCACCACAUGGCUGCAAAAACAGUAGAGAACAUCUCCACAGCUGUGUCCACCUCUUCUCAUCAUCUAGUUACGCCAGAGACGGGGUCUGCAAUGUGGUACCUGUUCACUCAUUCUACUGUGGAGGCUGUCAGAGUCACUGCCAUCUCUUCUCUGUCGAAGUUAACCCGGUUGGAUCCAGCAGUCUUCCUGUCUGUGAUCGACACUUGUGGCCAUGAAGCCAUUUUGGAGGGCAUAGGUGGGGCAGGGGCCCGGGUGCAGCAGCACCUGCUCACUGCUUUGGCCACUGGCUUACUGGCCUCACACAUUCAAACACACCGCAUUGCACAGAGUCAGGAUUUGUUGUUGAAGGUGCUGCGCUGUCUAGAAAGCCCGUCCACAGUGACAAGAGCCAAGGCAAUACUUCUGCUGCUCCUACUAUUACAGGACAGCACACACACACUGCUGUACUGUUGUCAGCACAGACUUGUAAUGUACCUAGAACGAGAACUCCGCAAAGCUGCUCCUCUCAGAGAAAAUCCCAGCCAAUCAGGAUACCUGUCUCAGUGUCUGGAGUUACUGAUUGUCCAUCUCUGUGGCACAGCACCAGCAAUAAUGGAGGAUGUUUUAUCUGCCCUGAAAGGUGUUAUUGGGAGGAAACACCCAACCAAAGCUCAGAGUAGGCAGCUUAAACAGACGUUGCCAACCAUAACUGUAAUGCAAGAGAUUCUCUCAUCUCAGGUCUUUAGAUCUCGAAUCGUAACCAAACAGUUCUUGGUCCAAAUUGGAUUGCUGCUGAAAUAUGUUGCCUCAGUAACAUUGAAUGAGCCUAAUUUGGCCAGUGCUGUAGGUGCUGCAGUAUGUGAAGAGCUGAUUAGAACAACCCUUUCCAUUGUGGAAAUUCUGAGUCAGCACCAUACCCUCAUCACUCCAUUUCACUGCACUGUUGUGGAUGAUGUCCUGCUUCCUCUGACCACGCUGGCUUUCAGCACAAAUGUGGAGUGGUCUGUUUUUGCUUUGAAGCUUCUGGCUGAACUCAGUCUGGUCUUGUUGGUCCAAGAGGAUGAUCAUACUGAAGACAAUGAGGAAGGGACACGGGAAAAGAAAGAGAUAGGAGAGACAGAUCAGGCAACAGAAGGAGGAGAAGAUGGAGGAUCAUGUAGUCAAACCUUAUUUCUCUUCACUAAAUCUCUGCUUUCAAGGUACGAUUCUCUUCUUUGCGCAGCUGAGCCCAUCCCACUCUACGCACUCAAACUGCUGGUGUCGUUGACUGAACACAGCACUCAGAUCUGCAGGUUGAUCAACCAUAGCACAGUCCUUCCAGUGGUCUUACGUCUCAUUAUGGCCAGCAGUGUCACCAGUGGAUUGGUCCAGAAUGCAGUGGUGCUGCUGUGUAAUAUUAGUGGAAACACUGUCUUUGAUCAACAACCACCACAUCAGGAAGGUCUCAUUGAAGUGGUGGUGAGUACUUUCACUCAGACUGCACGAGUCUACCUGGAUGCUGGGAGGAAGGUCAGUCAUAUGAUACAGGCCCUUUUGGAACUUCUCCACAACGUCCUAAAGCAAACAUCAGUCGUUAUCCGAGCUGCACUGCAGAGCCAGAGGCUAUCUUGUCCGGCAGCAGAGACGGAGGCAGCAGAAAAACUGCUCGCAGCCAACCGACCCCUGAGCCAGCUCAGCAUAUACCUUAUUCAAAUGCUGUCGACUGAAAACCAAGAACUCUGGGAGGAAUCUUCUCAGUGUCUAUCUUUACUGGUCCAGAUUUAUGGUGGAGAGGGUCAUGACUGCUUGUCACCAACCUGCUUACAAAGCUUCUCUCACAUACUACAAGCUCACAUGGACGCCAACACACCCCAAGUACAACGCACAACGCUUAAGAUCAUUAAACGACUGGUACAGACUACAGACGGAUCUGAUUGGUUAGAAUGUCGUGAAGGGGAGGAGCUAAUGACUACAUUGAAGGACAUGACUUCAUCUAACAGGUGUCACGCUGAGGUGAUUCCUCUGGCUGCAGAACUCAUUCAAGAGAUCUUCAAACCCUAAAAGCUUUCAAAUCUCAUCUACAAUCGGUCAACAACUGGAAUUUAUUCCAACUGGAACUCGGGAUACUUUAUACUUAUCCGUCAUUUAAAACAGUCUAAUGCUGCAGAUCUUUGUGCCUUUUAAAUUGUGUUUUGUUGAAAAUGUGUUUAGAAACAAGCUGUUAAACUUUGAUCGGUUUAGUGUUCAUUGUUAGACACCCCGUGGAUACCAAUAGUUA